AUGGCCAAAUCAAACGGAAUUAUCUCCAUGGAUAACCAACCAAUUUUCAAUGUUAAAUGUGACAUUAGAGGAUCAUUAAAUAAAUUUUUACACUCUCGAUUUUUACUUGAUUUUGAGGCCGUUUACGCCACUCUAGCGUCCGAUCUAGAAUCUACAUAA